GGUAGAUAGUGUGCGACUGAAAGAAGUGGGUAGAGCAGUAGAUUCGGUUUUGGAUCGCCACUAGAGUAGUAGAUGGGUGUUUGUGUAAUAUUUUGACGUUCUGCUGGAGUAAUAACAUGCAACUAUGCAGUUUAAUGUUCGCAGUUAAGCUUUAUUGCAGUUUUACCUUAUGUUUUAUGCAGUGAUGUGAUUGUUUUGGGCCUGGCCUGUCACAAGAGCUUUAUGCAGGCUAGCUAAGCUGUUCCUGAUUCUGUAUGAUCUCUACUGAGUGGACAACGGUAAACUGAACGUGUUUCUAAAGCAAUAUCACGAAUCGCAGUUUACAUUGAUUUAGCCACUGAAGUUAAUUGGGAAUUGUUAACCUGUGCAAAGUGGAUAUUUCAUAAAUUUGGAGGACUAGGAGUUUGGACAGAAGUGGUGAAUAACUUAAUUUCAACUGUAUGAAGAAGUUGCUCUUUUGCAUAUAUACGUUGUGUCCAGUAAUUCGUUUAUCACUUUGAAGAGGUUUCUGACAAGUUCAUAUUUUAACAGUUUUUCAUACAGCUGGCGACUCAUACGUUUCAUUCUAGUUGAAGUUGAUUUAUGUUUGGAAUAUUACACAAUUCAAGAGAAAAGGGAAACUACAUGGAAAAAUUGUGAUUUAUAUUGUCGGCUGGGAAUUGGCAUGCUGUUACAAGUUGUCAGCAGUAUAUCCUAAAGCCUAAACAUCGAUUUUGAUUGCUGAAAACAUUACUAGAGGUCAGCUGCUGCAGCAGCAGCAAGUUGUAUAAUCUAAGUGGUACAGAAGAAGGUUGCAAUUUCUUUGUUUUCUGCAUCGUUGAAGACACCACUGCAUUUGCUGAUUCUUUGCCCCUCUCCCUGGUGGAGGGUGGGCAGGAUUGAUAAUUGAAGUAAUGGCUUCAGUGCCAGUGUACUGCUUGUGCCGGCUACCCUACGAUGUCACCCGUUUCAUGAUCGAGUGUGAUGGCUGUCAGGAUUGGUUUCAUGGCAGCUGUGUUGGCGUGGAGGAGGAACAAGCUGCUGAUAUUGAUGUAUAUCAUUGUCCCAACUGUGAGAUCACACAUGGACCCUCAGUUUUGAAAAAGCGCCGUGGCUCACAGAAACAAGAUGUUUCAGUCAGCAGAGAGAUGAGUCAAACUGUAAAGACUGGAAGCCCACAGUUUAUCAGGGAGUUGCGGAGUAGAACUUUUCCAAGUUCUGAUGAGAUUAUCUUAAAACCAUCUGGAUCCCAGUUGACUGUGGAAUACUUGGAAGAAAAUAGCUUCAGUGUCCCUAUCUUGGUUAUAAAGAAAGAUGGUUUGGGAAUGACAGUGCCGCCACCCACCUUUACAGUUAGUGAUGUGGAACAUUACGUAGGUGGAGACAAGAUCAUUGAUGUAAUUGAUGUGGUACGUCAGGCAGACUGUAAGAUGAAGCUAUCAGAAUUUGUGAAAUACUACAACAGUCCAAGCCGGGAUAAAGUACUCAAUGUGAUCAGCCUGGAGUUCUCUGAAACCAGGUUGUCGAACUUAGUGGAGACUCCAAAAAUUGUGAGGAAGCUAUCCUGGGUGGAAAAUCUCUGGCCUGAGGAAUCUGUUUUUGAGAGGCCUAGUGUGCAGAAGUACUGUCUUAUGGGUGUAAAGGAUAGCUACACGGACUUCCACAUAGACUUUGGUGGUACAUCUGUCUGGUACCAUGUGCUGAGGGGGGAGAAAAUCUUCUAUUUGAUCCGUCCAACUGCUGCAAAUUUGGCCUUGUUUGAGAGAUGGGGUUCUUCAUCCAAUCAGAAUGAGAUGUUUUUUGGAGACCAAGUGGACAGCUGCUUUAAAUGUUCAUUGAAACAGGGUUAUACACUUUUUAUUCCAACAGGUUGGAUCCAUGCUGUCUUGACUCCAGUAGAUUGUCUGUCUUUUGGAGGAAACUUUUUACACAGCCUGAACAUUGACAUGCAGCUUAAAGCAUAUGAGAUAGAAAAGAGAUUAAGCACUGCUGAUCUAUUCAAGUUUCCAAACUUUGAGACCAUUUGUUGGUAUGCGGGAAAACAUUUACUGGACACAUUAAGAGGUUUGCGUGAGAAUAGACGGCACCCUGCUUCGUACUUGGUGCAUGGAGCCAAAGCCCUCAAUAUGGCCUUCCGAGUGUGGACAAAGAAAGAGGCACUUCCAGAGCAUGAAGAGGAAAUUCCAGAAACAAUUCGUACAGUGCAGUUGAUCAAAGAUUUGGCACGGGAGAUUCGGCUUGUUGAAGAUAUAUUCCAUCAGAACAUUGGAAAGGCUGGUGGACCAUUUACAGCACAGAGAGGUCUUGCUGUCACUGCCAAAUCAAGUGUAAAUCCCAUGCCUGGAACUAAGGUUGGCAGAAAGAGAGGACCAAGGCCAAAAGACACAGGAAAGAAGCGUGGACGAAAAAGUAAAGAAGAUCCAGGAGACUUUGCUAAGAAUAUGCAUCUCAACUUAUUGGAUCUCCACACAAGACAGAUGUUGAAGAAAUUAGGUUCCCCCAAAGAAGAGGUUGACCUUUCAAGAUCUUGUUUACUAGAAACUAAGGAAAGCAUACUUUUAGAACCAAACCUGGAUGACAAAAAGUGGAGAUUAUCGCUUUCCAAUGGAAAAGAAGUGUGUACCAAGCAAAGAAGAUCUUUGGUUAGCUCAAGGGGAGCCCAACCUCUAGAACGUUUACAGAAGACCAAGUCUCAGAGAUAUCAGCAGGGUUUAAAUGAGUUUGAGUAUGACUCUGAAGAUGAUUUGCAGAUUGAUGAAACUCCACAAAAGGAUAAGAUGAUCAAAUUACAUAAAAAAUUUCCAAAGAAACUGCCACGAGCUAAGCCAUGUUCUGAUCCCAAUCGAAUCAGAGAACCAGGAGAGGUGGAGUUUGAUAUUGAGGAGGAUUACACAACGGAUGAGGAUGAUGAUGCUCUGUCUGAUGAGAAUGAGGAUGAAGAAAGUGGUGUUGGAGGACUUUUGGAUCUGUUAAAGGCCAGCAAGCAGGUUGGAGGCUUGGAAUAUUCUGCAAUAAGUGAACAGCCUGCAUCUCCGAGUACACAAGAAGCAAUUCAGGGAAUGCUAUCAAUGGCAAACUUACAGUCUUCCUCAUCUGCUUCACCUUCCAGCUUGCAAGCAUGGUGGGUGAGUGGACAGGAGCGGGGAGUGUCAGGUUCCUCAGUUUCUCAUUCAAUCAAAAAGAACAGCAGCAGCAGAGUAAUAAAGCGUCCAGGCAAGAGGACCAUUAAACGUCCUUCUAACCAUGGCUUUGAGAGUGAAGAUGAGGAGAGUGAAGAUGAACAGGCGACUCUUGGUGCUUGCUUCAAAGACUCAGAAUACAUUUAUCCAUCACUGGAAUCUGAUGAAGAUGACUCAGUUUUGAAAAUUCGACCAAAGAGGAAGAAAGGAAGUGAUGAUACUCCAUGGAAUCCAAAAGCCCGGGUCACACCUUCCCUUCCAAAACAGGAGCGUCCCAUACGAGAGGGAACCCGUGUAGCUUCCAUUGAAACAGGGUUAGCUGCAGCAGCAGCAAGGUUAUCUCAGCAGGCUAACCUGUUGCAGGAACCUGAAUGCAAAAAUCAGACUACAAUCAAGGAUAUACCAACACAUAAAGGCUAUUUCAGUAAGGAGCAACAGAAGUUGCAGAAAAGAAAGUACACUAAGAAAAAAGUUAUAAUAAAGGAAGAGAGCACAGAAGUUCCAGAGAGCAGUGGAGCCUGUGAGCUUAAAGCAGAAGUAUUUGCCGGUAGCCUUGCAGAUCAUGAAUACACAGCAGGUCCAGGUAUCUUUGGCAUGGCCCAGAUAAAUCGUGGUACUACACCUAUGGCACCAGGUGUAUUUCUGACCCAACGACGGCUGUCUUCCCCUUGCCAAAGCAGUUUUUCAGGACACGGAAAGCGCCCCAAAAAAGGAUUGGCUACAGCUAAACAACGACUAGGCAAAAUCUUGAAAAUCCACCGAAAUGGAAAACUGCUUCUGUAAAGAAGGUGUAUUCUAAUGUACACUACUGCUGGGCACAUUGUCAACUGAAAGUUCAGCUUUGUGCAUGCAAGACACAGAGAGGUUCCAAGAGAGCUGUGUUUUUUUAAGAGUAUGUACAUUAUAUUUAUCACAAGGCAAGAGGACAUGGAAGGAAGUACAAUUUAAUGUGCGAGUCAUGAGGAGGUAUACAUCUAUUAAUCUUUGAGUUGCUAGCGUGAAUGGUUGUGUUGGAAAGUACUGAGCAUGUAUAUCCAGGAGCUUGUAUGUGAAUGUACAUAGGGUGUGUGCAUUCACGGUGGUGAAAUAUAUGUGCAUUGAAGAAUGGAUGUGUUAUAUUCCUUCUGACGCUAAGUAAGUAGCAUAUCAAGCUAGACGUGCGCACUCUCCAUUUUGGUGUAGGAGACAACCCCAUCUUGGAACCAGCUAAUGUUAUUUUUGAUAUUCAAACCGAACGGAAAUGGAACACAGCUUCAGGAAGUCAAGCCAUGAACUAUAUGUAAAGUUAACAUUUUUGCCUCACUGGGAUUAUGACCAGCAUGGCUAUUAAUCUGAGGUCUGGUAUUUUGCAAGCUAGAUUAGACUAUACUUUUUUCUCACAUUUAUAAUUGUUGUAUCCUGCCUAAUACACCAUUGUUAAAGGCCAUCCUAUUGUUUUUUCUGUCAAAUUGUCAUUUAAAAAAAUGUGAUUUUGUUUGCUGUUGUUGCUCAGUUAAGUACGUAGAAGGAAGAGAGAAAAAUUCUUUGUAACAGGGGUGAUGACUUCAGACUCCUCCUUAAUUCCAGUGGGGGAAAUUGGGAAUUCAUUUUAUCUUAACCUUAAAGAAAUUCUAUCAUACAGCAAAUUUGUUUAGUUUUUUAGCAGGUUAGCAUUAGUGUUGUUUUUACCCAUCAGUAGUUUUUACCUUCACAAUAUGCUCAAAGAAAACAGACUUUUAAUCAUAGUCUCAAUGGCUCUAUGUCAUAGUACCUUACAUAGCGGCCACUGUCUUGAAUCCCUUAAUGUGGCAAGAAUUCUGGUAUGCUAGUAACUGUGAUGAGGUUGCUAGCCAUAGGAGUAGGUCUUUGCAUCUGCUGCUCUCGUCCUGGAUAAUAGUCUUUCCUAGGGUAUUCAGCAGUUUUUAAUCCAUAUGUUAGUCAUGAACUGCUGAUCUUAAAGUGAAAUGCUCGUUUACUCAGACCAUUCAGCAGUCUGUGAAGCAUCACAUUUUGCCCUCUAACCCUUUGAGCAGUCUGCAGUGAAGACACUUAUUGUGAACUGCUUGACAGUUUAAUUGGGGAUAGGGUUUAGCCUCAACAGUUCGGCAGUCUAAUUAAGGAAUGUUUGGCACUUGUAUUUUAUUUUAAAAUAUGUUUUAAAUUGUUUUUUUUACCUAACUGCAUUGCCCCCAUGAUGCUGUUGCAGGGCUUUUUAGGAAGCACGAGUGGUAUGGAUAAUCACCACCACCACCAUCACUACCUUUCAUUUGACAUGUGGCUAGAAUGUAGGUUUUUUCCUGUUCCCAUCCUAACACUUAGCAUAUAUAAGAGCCUUUUGGAAAAUUUGUUAAGAAUAUGAGCACUUUAUUCAUGUAGUCACCAAAUACAAGUUUAAAUGUUGUUCAGAAAAUAUUUUAUCAAUCCCAGAAGUCACCCGAGUUAUAAACCAGAACUUCACACCCAUAGUUAUAAUGACUGCAUUGUUAUGGCUGUUGGAUAGAAAUGGGAAUAACAUGUAAAGAAAGUUUUAUGAUGAUCAGCAGUGAAAGUGGGAGCUGCAUACUUUAUAUGUAGGCUUCAGGGUGUCCAUUAUGCUUUUAUACUGUUUUGGAAUUCAGAGUUACUGAAGUGCAGUUGGAUUAUAUUUAAUGAAACCUUAAACUCACAUUCUGUAAACGGUGGCUUCUACAGGUCUAUUUCACAUGCAGGUGCUCCUGAGCUGAUUUUAGACAUAAACUUCCUGUGGCUAGAGCAGCCUUUCCUGAAAUUAAUUAUUUAAAAGCUACAGUAGCAUUUUUCAGCAGUUCAGUUUUAAUCAGUCUGUUGCUGAUGAAGACAGCAUAGUGAUAAGAUCAGAAUAGUCUUUGGACUUCACAUCUGUUUUCUUUUCUGCGACGCUUCCUAAAUUCACAACCUUCUUGAAGUAUAUUUCUUCAAAUAUAUUCUGUGAUGCCAUUGUCUGAAUGCAGUACAGAAACAGAGAACAUAUUUGUUUGCAGAUAUUUGUGAUGAAUAACUUAAAAGAUGGAUUAAUUAGAUGUAUUAUUUGUAAUUUAAUAUUUCCCAUAGCAGAAACUCUUCCAUUAGAUUAGUUUCUGGAAGAAAAGUGAAAAGAUGGACAUUGUUGCACAGGCCAAGUACGGAACUUCACAGAACAAAAACCUUUUAUGUUCUUUCUAAUUGUGUUAGCAGUGUUUGUAAAUUUCCUUUUUAAAAUGUUAUUUUUAAAAGAUUACAUGAAGUAAUAUACAGUAAUGUAACUACAUUUUUCAUUUGAAGUGUCCAUCCUUUUUAUACUGUCCAAUUUUAUUAAAAAAAAAAAACAAGGAUUUUUA